GAGAGAGAAUAUCGCGAUUGCUGAGCGCACUUAUCCGUCCUCAUCACCACCCUGCCGCCUCUCUUCAGAUCCAGCCUUUCUCUGUACUAUAUUUCCUUCCGUUCCUCUCGUCGCGCUUGCUCGACCAUGUCAGCCAAAAUCCGGACCGCACCCGACGUCCUCCGCUACGUCCCCAACCCCGGCGAAACAAUCUUGCCCAAGGAAGGCGAAGAAAACGUCCUGAUCACGUCCGCACUUCCGUACUGCAACAAUGUCCCACAUCUCGGGAAUGUCAUCGGCAGCACGUUAAGCGCCGAUGUGUUCGCCCGUUAUAACCGGACCCGCAAUCGGCGAACGCUCUACGUGUGCGGUACGGAUGAAUACGGUACCGCGACUGAAACGCAAGCGCUGAAGGAGGGCGUCACUCCCCGUCAACUGUGCGAUCACUACACGGAGAUCCAUCGCGAAACCUAUAAAUGGUUCAACCUCGGUUUCGAUUACUUUGGCCGGACAUCGACACCCCAGCAUACUGAAAUCUGUCAAGAGAUUUACCUGAACCUCCGCAAAAACAAUUAUCUUGAGAAGCAGACAAAAGAACAGACGUAUUGUGAAGGUUGCGAAAAGUUCCUUGCCGAUCGCUUCGUGGAGGGAAUUUGUCCCCAUUGUGGUGCCAAUGACGCUCGAGGCGACCAGUGCGACUCGUGCACCCGGACACUCGACGCCAUAGAUCUCAUCAAGCCUCGUUGCCUCGUCAACCCCUCCCACAACGUUGUCCACAGGUCGACGGCCCAUAUGUACGUCCGCCUCAACGCGCUCCAACCGACGCUCGAGGAAUGGAUUAAGAAGAGCUGGAAGACGGGCAAGUGGAGUCUCAACAGCGUGAUCAACGCGGAAGGGGAGCUAGUGGACUCGAGGCUGAAGGGUGGCUUGAGACCCAGUCCGUUGACACGCGAUCUGCAGUGGGGUGUACCGGUUCCGGAACAAGGCGCGGAAGAUGACGGAAUGAAGGGAAAAGUGUUCUAUGUUUGGUUCGACGCCCCGAUCGGAUACCCUAGUAUCACGGCCAACUAUACGCCGGAAUGGCGGCAAUGGUGGUUCAACCAGGAUAAUGUUCGCCUUUAUCAGUUCAUGGGCAAAGACAACGUCUACUUCCACACGAUCUUCUGGCCGGCCAUACAACUCGGAGAUGGGCGUCCGUGGACGAUGCUUCAUCACAUAUCGACAACCGAGUAUCUCAACUACGAAGGCGGCAAGUUCUCCAAGAGCAAAAACCGGGGCGUCUUUGGUCCUGCGGCCAAGGAGACAGGCGUACCACCCGAUGUCUGGCGGUACUACCUGCUCUCCAUUAGGCCAGAAACCGCAGAUGCCAUGUUCUCCUGGGAGGAUUUCAUUGCUGCCAACAAUAAUAUCCUCCUUAACAACUUUGGCAACUUCGUGAACCGGACGGUCAAGUUCAUCACAAGUCAGUAUAACGGUGUCCUUCCCGAGUCUCCGGAUACCGAGGGCCCUGUGUCGCCCAACGACGCCGUAGACGCCGACUUCAUCGCGGACGUCAAUCGCCUCAUCAAGGAGUACAUUGACGCCAUGGAGUCCGUCAAGCUUCGUCUCGGUCUCCAGACGGUCAUGCACCUGUCUGCGCGCGGCAACCUGUACUUGCAAGCGUCCGGUCUCGGGAAGGCGCUCAUGACCGAGGAUCCCGCGCGCUGCGCACAAGUUCUGUCCCGCGCCGUCAACCUCAUCUACACGCUCUCGGCUCUCAUCCACCCGUUCAUGCCCGUCACGUCCGACUCGAUCCUCGCCCAACUCAACGCUCCGCCUCGUGCCGUACCGGAAGCUUUCUCAAUCGACAUCCUCGCAGGCCAUCAGCUCGGCAAACCCGCUUACCUGUUUACCAAGAUCGACGAGAAAAUGGCGGACGCCUGGAGAGCCAAAUUCGGUGGAUCUCAGCCUAGUGCGGAGCCGAACGCUGAUGCCACGCACGUCGCUCCAGCGAUGUCGAAGCGGAAAGCGGCAGCCGCAGCCAAGGCGGCGAAGAAGGCCACAGACGCUACUGCAAACGAUGGUCUCAAGAGUGCGGAGGUCCUGGCUUGGGAGCAGAAGGUUGCCGAACAGGGACAAGUGGUGAGGGAACUUAAGGCGAAGCCGAAGUCCGAGGAGACAGAUAAAGAGAUAACGGCUGCUGUCGAAGAACUCAAGAAGUUGAAAGGAGAACUUGCUGACGCCCUUGCCGCCUCGAAAGCGUGAGUUCCGAUAUUACAGUACAUAGCAGACUAGUCUAUAAUUGCCGUAUGUUCAAUGUCUUGCUUAACCAUUGCCGCGUUUUGUGUUGUCAACCGGCUGGGCAUCCUCCGCACAGGCCGUGGCCACAACCCCAACAGCUCGCCACGCCGACACCUGCCGUUCUCAACAGCAGGCUGAUGACACUGAUGACACCUUCCCCGAGGACAAAUCCGCUGGCGACGAUGAUGAGGCGGAUGUCGUGUCCAUCCUUGGCGGCACGUCGAUGGUAAAGAUGUUCGACGACCCCACCUAGCAACCUGGCCAAACUGAAGGAAGGGGUGUUAAGGAAGCCAAUGGCGAAUGCGACGCCAGAAGGGAUAUAUUUGGCGAAAUUAGAUUGUUUUCUAACUGCGGCCGCCUUCAAUGCGCUCAGGCAAGCAAAAGCAAGUGCGAAUGCGACCAUGAAUGAGCUCGUGUGCGGCGGUAGGGAACCAUCUCGCAGGAGUCGAGCGAGGGAUAACCAGACGUGUGCUGUUGGUGCGGGAAAUUCUGGCCCAGGAAUGGUGUAUGCACGCUGGUACAUGUUGUACGCGGUUGCAGUUACGAAGAUAGACAGCGCAGAACCCAUGAGCUGGCCGUAGAACUGGGCUCGCGGAGACGCUCCGACGAGGUGGCCGGUCUUCAAGUCUUGCAUCAGAUCACCCGCCUGCUGUGCGCCGGCUUCGGCGACGCCUCCAGCGAUGAUGUUCGCCACGAUAUUACCGGGCUGAACAACCGCGAAGAGCAACUGACUGAUUUUCCCGAGUCCGCUAACAGGAUUCAGGUCGGUCUCUCCCAAAGCUCGUACACCUAAUAUACUCAACACGCCGCCUACAAUGAACGCAACGAACGUCGCGUACGGCUUGAUACCUUCGUCACCAAAGACAGCCCAGACAACGAUGAUACCGAGCACUGUGCUGGCAACCAAGCCCCACACCACCCAUGAGACGGGCACCAAACGGUCUUCCGUUUCGAUCUCUUUGUCGUCCAGAUCUUCGGUAAUGUUGUCUCCAGCAGCGAAGGUGCUGUACAUCGGCGAACGGCCGUCAGUAUGCACUGGCCCGCGGGAACCCCCACUGCGCAGGCUACGUAUCGCAGACACCUGCUUGCCGGUGUAUUCGGCUAUUAUGGGGGUCAAUGAAACCAGAGAGUCUGCAACCAUGAUCGCGAGCGAUGUCCAUAAGAUCCAUCCUCGCGCGCCAUCAGUCAUGGAUCCAACCGGGCCUGGUGCCCAGCCUUUGUUCUUGGCCAGCGGCGAAAGUACGCCCCAUCCAACGAGCAUCCCCAGAUUCAUGCUGACUGUUGUGGGAAACCCCAUGAUGAUCCCUUGGCCGACAUAUGACAAGCUCGGAGUUAGCGUCCAAAGCCAUUGCUCAGCUAGGUAGCUUCCAAAUACGGGAAUAGCAAAGAUGACGGGAAAGAAAUACGCCAUGAGUGUCAUGAGACUGCUGGCUAGGAAGCUCCAACCGAGGGCGGUCCAUCCAGUGUGACGAAUCUCCUCUCCCUCGGCCUCGAGCUCCUCGUUGAAACCAGGCUGGGCGGAUGAGGAGGCACCCGAGGAUUGAGGUGCGGUGACCGGGACAACCUCUUGGUCUUCAACGCCGAGAGCGCUAUAUCCUUUGCGCACGUUGAGUGGUUCGUUACCGGGGGGAGGUAGGCGGUGAAGAACUGCGAUAAGCUGUGCUGUAGCUGUACCCGAAGGAAAAGCUAGCUGUUCCUUGAUGAUAACUUGCUUGCGUAACGGAGGAGACAAGAAUACACCGAAGAAUGCAACGGCGCAGGACCACGCGACAGCCGACAUCCAAGAUAACACUACGGGCGGAGAACCAUCCCUUUCCGGGUCCAAUAAACCGAGAGCAGGCAGAAUGCCAACAAAACCGGCUGCAAGAGGCAUCGUUCCAGUGGCAACAGCAGUUGUUUGUAGCACGAUGUUCUCCUGGGCCGUUAUGCCCGUAGGCAAUAGCUUCGAAAGGAGAAAGCCGAUAAGGGCCGAUUGCAGAGACAUCAUGCUUAUCCAUCCCGUUUGAAGACCGAAGUAUAGAUUCGUGAAGCAUAGCAGGACCCCUAUUAGGAGACCAAGGAAGACAGCCGUAAACGUAAGCUCUGCCUGGGCAGCCGGUUCCCCAACACUAACCCGUCGGAACUUGCGCAAGUGAUGACUAGGUGACUGCUUAUGGCUCUAAACUUGUGAAGUUGGUA